GACCACCUGCAGGUUUGAGCGGUAUUGUCUUUUUUCAACGUCGAAAACUUUCAUUUUGACAGCAGCUCCCAUCAAAUGAAAUGCAGCUCGCGACUUUCUCAGAUUAUCUGACAGUGUUAUUUAAGGACAGACAGCAGAUUGACCGACCUACUCACUGCUUGUAUAUCUGACGCUGUACUGCUGAUAUAGAUGGCUCGUCUUCUGACCAACACAAGAUGAGCAGAGAUGGACCAAAGCUGACAGGACGACAUGAGACCUUUAUGAAAAGUUUCCCUGAAGAAGCCGUUCUCGCUCGGAUCAAGAACAAUGUCUGUGAACAUCUCGAGCUUGAACAGCACACUUCAGCAGGCGCUUUUUACUCACAACGUUCCCGCUCUCAUAUUCGGCGUUUUGCUCAUUAUUGUGGUCAUUUGUGGAAAUGUGCUCGUGUGCCUUAGUGUUUAUAAGGAAAAAGCCCUAAAGACAACGACAAACUAUUUCAUUGUGAGUUUGGCUGUGGCAGAUCUGCUGCUGGCAGUUUUGGUUUUACCCCUGUUUGUCUAUGCAGAGUUUCAAGGUGGUGUCUGGUCAUUGGAUGUGGCUCUAUGCGAUGGACUAAUGACCAUGGAUGUAAUGCUCUGUACAGCGUCUAUAUUCAACCUCUGUGCAAUCAGUGUGGACAGGUUCAUAGCAGUGUCCAUACCACUUAACUACAACAGAAAGCAUGUCGACUAUCGGCAAAUGAUCUUACUCUCUGCCACGUGGCUGUUGGCGCUGGCUGUGGCUUCUCCUGUCAUCUUCGGAAUAAACAAUGUUCCUCAAAGAGACCCCAGAGAAUGCAAACUGGAAGACAACAAUUACGUGGUAUAUUCAUCCGUCUGCUCCUUUUUCAUCCCGUGCCCCAUCAUGCUCCUACUGUACUUCGGGAUGUUCCAUGGCUUGCGCAAGUGGGAAGAAGCACGCAAAGCCAAACUGAGGAACAGUAUUCAGGCUUGUCGCAGUUUACAGCAUGCUGCGGUGGCUGCCGCCUUCCCGCCACUGGGGGCGCUGCCUGCAUCUCUGCCCCGGGUCAUUGAGAGGGACUUGGCCCAGUCCGGUCUUGAGGAGCUUGAUGACUUCACACGGCCCGUCUGCCCCUUCCCACCGGAGUAUAAAAACAGCCCCAUUCAAACCGUGGCCUACACUGACAUUCAAUACGGCCAGCCAACUCAGAGAAAGAAGAGGGCUAAGAUCAAUGGAAGGGAGAGAAAGGCCAUGAGGGUUUUACCUGUUGUUGUGGGUGUCUUCCUCUUCUGCUGGACGCCUUUCUUUGUAGUUCACACGACCCGAGCCCUGUGUGAAUCCUGUCACAUCCCUCCAGAGCUGAUGAGCACAGUGACAUGGCUGGGGUACGUCAACAGUGCUCUGAAUCCAAUUAUCUACACCGUCUUCAACACUGAAUUCAGGAAGUUCUUCCGAGGAUUUCUACCCCACUGCUGCUGACAUCCACCAAGCGCUCCAUAAGACAUGAUAAUGCCAUAAUUUAUGCUAAAGACAUUUGCAUUUGUAAACUGAACUGUUUUAUUUGAUUGUUUUGCCAGUACUUUAUUUGUUUGUGCCUACCAUGUACUAUAUCCAUAUUAUAUAUAUAUAGUGGACUUAUUUUCAGUACAACAAACAUUCUCAGUGGUGCCUGGAACAUUUGUGCAUCAUAUUAAAAUGUGCCAUGCUCUGUUAAAAUAUGCCUCAGUCGAAUUAAAGCUGAUACAAAAUAUAUAAUGCAUUGCAUAUUUUAGAUCUAUGUGCUGUUAUUGCCCACAGGAAGAUUUUUAAUUAAAAGACCAAGUGUACAAAUGUUGUAAUGCAGAAGCAGCACGUGGCAUUGCAUAUUUUGAUAUAUUUGAUUUUGGUAAAGUCUUUCAAAUAUGCUAUAGAUACUGUACAGCUUUAAGUUUGGAUUUCAUUCAAUUACUAUAAACCGAAAUGUGUGAUAAAACCGCUAGACUGAGGUUUGAAACGGGUUAAAUCUUCUCUGUGAAGGUUCCAAAACAUCAUGAGAAAAUGUCUAAUGAAGUUCCUUAAAAAGCCCCAGGGAUUUUACCAUACUUGGUUACUAGCCUUAUUCUUUGAGCACAUCAUCUGUGCGCAGUAAAAAAAAGGAUCAGACACCUGGGCAGAAUUCCCACUUGUCUCUUUUCCCCCCUCGCUUAUUGAAUUAUAAAUAAAAUGUCUGCAUGAUCAA